CAACGAUGGAAUGUCUUGGGGGUGUUUAUAUAAAGGGAGUUGGCGCAGAUUUACAAAUAUGUGCAUCGAGCAAUUAUAUAUCCUGGAGGUAUACCCUGUAGUUUGAGAUCUGUCGCUGAGUCUGUUAGACUUGUAGAUCUUGUCCGUCGUACGCACUCCGCUCUAGUCACGCUUGUGAAUCUGAAGAACCCCCUGGUAGACGUGGUCACCCAACAAUCAGUUGGCGUGUCCCGACACGGCUGCCAGAGAGCUGUGGAGUGGUCCUAUGAUUUCUUAUCAACGGCUUCUCAUUGCUUGCCAACAAGAAACUGCAAGUGGAUUGACUGUCUUUAACGAUUUUUUUAAGGCCAAAGUGGAAGACUGUCCGCCUCUAAGAUGUCUGUAGCGGGCUUCAAGAAGCAGUUUUAUAAAGCCAGCCAGAUGGUCAGUGAGAAGGUGGGGGGGGCUGAGGGGACCAAACUGGACGAGGACUUCAAAGACCUGGAAAGGAAGGUAGAUGUGACCAGUAAAGCCGUGGUGGAAGUCAUCUCCAAAACAUCAGAGUACCUGCAGCCCAACCCAGGUGAGACCCACCACCUCCCACUACCUAUGAUCCUCUCUGGCCGUCUGCCGUGGGUACCGGUAGGACACACCCCCUACAGUGAGGGGAGCACACAUGUGAAGGAUUUAUGUCAGCUACAAGUCGGACAAGCCAGCUGA